UCCUUUCUACAACAUUUCUUUUCAUUAUACAUUGUAUGCGUAAUGCCUUUCUACGAACUAGUCUGUAUAGCACGACAUAAUAUGCUUGAAGGUAAUUUAAAGGAUCUUCUGAAGACAUCAGCGAAACAUGUCGUAAGUCGCGGGGGUGUUGUUCGUGGAUUCGACAAUUGGGGCGAAAUGAAGAUUCCACACAGAAUAAAGAGACAUCAGGAAUAUCAUACGGAUGGAAGGUAUUGGACAAUGCACUUUUAUGCUAACCCGCUCAUCUUGCAAGAUCUUGGAAAACAACUUUCAGUCGAUUCACGAGUCUUGCGACACACAUUUAUAAAACUGGGUGAAAAGCUAGAGGACGUGGUUGAACGACCCGAUAAAGUAUGAUUUGAGUUGGCAUUAUGAAGAUUAAAUCUACAAAUUAUUCAUGGGUCAGCAAAUUAUAACAACGCUUCAGCGUAAACUCAAUCAAUCUCCCAUUAUCGAACAGUUAACAGCUUAAAAAUACCUUGUAUAUAGAUAAAUGAUUUUGAAUGUAUGUAAUAAAUCACCAAAGUCACGCAUGUUGAGAAAUUUAUAUCAGCUUUUUUGUAUCAGAGUGAUCGCAUAAUGACA